AGCAAAUUACACUCCACUGGAGACUGUGAAUGCUGCCAUCACUACUGAAUUGAAUGGCUCAGGACAGCUGUUGGGCUACAGGGCUAUGUGGCAGACCCUGCGACAGAAGCAUUCACUGACAGUAAAACGAGACAAUGUCAUGCAAGCCCUCAGAUUAUUAAAUCCAACAGGAGUAUCUCUCCGUCAUAGGCGCAGAUUUGUUAGGCGAUCCUAUUGCGCCGCAGGACCCAAUCAGGUGUGGCACGUGGAUGGCUAUGACAAGCUCAAGCCCUUUGGGAUUGCCAUCAGUGGCUGCAUCGAUGGGUAUUCAAGGCGGGUUAUGUGGCUAAGUAGUGGUAGCACCAACAACGACCCUGCAGUAAUCGCUCAACAUUACCUGCAGUGUGUUUCGAGCUAUGGCCUUCCGGCUCGUCUUCGGACAGACUGUGGGACAGAAAAUGGAGACAUGGCUGCCAUCCACUGUUCUUUAAGAGAGGACCACACCGAUGAAUUUGCGGGUUCUGUCAGCCACAUGUAUGGCACUUCAACUGCCAAUCAAAGGAUUGAAAGCUGGUGGUCCUUUUUCAGGAAACAGAGGACACAGUUCUGGAUGGAUUUAUUCAGUGACCUGAGAGAGAGACACUACUUCAACGGCACCCAUGAACACAAGUGCCUUGUACGGUAUGUGUUCCUGGGCAUCUUUCAGAAAGAGCUUGAUGAGCACCGAGAGCUUUGGAAUAAUCAUACAAUCAGGCCUGUCCGUCAGUCUCUCUGUCCAUCUGGGAAACCGGAGACCAUGUACCACCUGCCUCACAGGUUUGGUGGAAGGGAUUGUGGAUUCCCAGUGGAUCCCCAAGUGUUACAGGAGUUCAAAGACCUUCUGCCACCCACAAACAGUUUGUGUGGAGAUGCUAAUCUCCAAGCAUAUUUUGCCAACUUGGAGAGACAGAGCCAGCUCGCUCCACCCAUCAACUGGCCAGCUGCUGUUGACAACUACAUUAGACUAAAGGAAAUGGCUGGUCUUUGAGAGUGAGAGAGACAGACGUAUAGCCAGUUUAUUUUCUUUCAGACAGCAUUGCCUCC